AUGGAAGUUUCAAAUCUUUAUGACCUUUUAGGAAUUGCAAGAACUGCCUCACAAGAAGAAGUAAAAAAAGGAUAUAGAAAAUCAUGCUUAGUCCAUCAUCCUGACAAAGGUGGAGAUCCAGAAAUGUUUAAGGAUAUAUCAAAAGCAUUUGAAACUUUGUCAGAUCCGAGAAAAAGGGCUUUAUAUGACCAACAGCUGGAUAGGACAAAUUCUUCUGAUGGGGCAAAUCCACAGCCAAGAUCUGAUAAGCGCCAAGCUACAAAAAAACAAAAAACACAGCCUGGCCCUCCACAGUCUGAAUCUGGCCCAAGCGAAAUUCCGCAAAAUCCUGAAAAUUUAUCUGUAAAAGAGCUUAAAAGCUUAUUAAGCUCACUUGGCAUAAGGCAUGAUGACUGUGUAGAAAAAGCUGAACUUUUGCAGAGACUGAGGGAAAGAAAAAACAAAGCCAAACGAAAAACUGCUACAAACCCAUCAUCCAUCAGCCAAUUAGCUAUAAAAAUCCUUAGCAUUGGUGAUCCAGAAUGUGGUAAAUCUUGUAUAAUUAAAAGAUACUGUGAAGGAAGAUUUGUGAAUCGUUAUAUUUCUACUAUUGGUGUCGACUAUGGUGUCAAAAAACUUACAAUACAAAAUGUAAAAGUCGCUAUUAAUUUUUUUGAUUUAUCUGGGCAGCAGGAUUACGAAGAAAUAAGGAGAGAUUUUUAUAGAGACUCCCAAGGAGUUUUACUAGUUUUUGAACUAAAUGACAAAAACACGUUUAAUAAUUUGACAAGAUGGGAAAGAGAAGCCAGAAGCAAUGGACUUAACUUGCAAGAAGUCGAUGUAGUCGUGUGUGGGAAUAAAGUAGAUUUAAAUGGAAGAGAAGUUACAGCUCAAGAAGCAAAUAAAUGAAGCUCGAGCAGAGGGUAUAAAUAUUUCGAUGUAAGUGCUAAUAAUGGACAAGGGAUUUCUGAAGCUUUAGAUUCAUUGUUUGCAAGUGUAGUUUCAAGGAUUAGGGUUAUUAAAGUCAGGCGCUAGCCAUAUUUGUGGCGACCUCCCGUAUGGGAGGUUCUACAGCUUUUCGACUCCAGCCAGAGGGCCUAUCCCUUUAUGAGUGCCCUUCCGGUACCUUCUGUUUCUUCCUUGCCUUCAGGCUUCAGUCUUGAGUGUGCGGCUGCUACGGGCGAUUGGAGUAGCUUGAUUCCAAGGAUCAAGUCUUUGGAGUAUAUCUGAUGUCGAAGUGCCUUUCUUCGACAGCUACAGGAAAAAGACUGCUCCCCUGCGGCCUGAGCAAAACCCCCAGUUUUUCGGUUGAGGAAUGCCCAUGGGUCCUCGGAUCCAAAGGACCUCCAUUUCCAACCACAGGAAAGCAGCCAAAACCUACCCGGAUGCACACGUCUUGAGCUUGCAUUUAUUCUCGGCUCGGGUCCGUCCCAUUUCGCCGUAGCCAUAAGGUCUGGACUGCUACGCCAAUAGGGCUGGUUGACACGUGCCGCCAUUUUAUGUAUAUGUCAUUUCAAGGAAUUUGAGGAAUAGAGAAUCACUGCUGUCAAGUUUAAUAUAA